ACGCUGUAAUUCCUCAUGGGCGCGCACGAAAACACAGUGCAGGCCACGCGCUCGUCCAAGAAGCGGGCUUCGGCGGUGCUCUCUCAACAACUCUCCACGGCAAAGAAGCGAGUCGUGCUGGGCGAUCUCACCAACUCGUUGAAUCUCGGGUCGUUGCGGGACUCGGAUUUCGGUCCUAACAAACCCAAAUGCACGUUGAAAUGGAAGGAGGAAGAGGAGGAGGAGGAUCAGGAGCCCUCGGAGGAAGAGACUGCGGUGAGCUCCAUGGUUCAUCCCCUGAAGUGCGCUUACUCAAAUUCUAUAUACAAGCAUCUUCAGGCCCAGGAGAUGGAGGUGAGCAGAAGGCCAUUGCCUGGUUACAUGGAGUCGGUUCAAAACGAUGUUGCUCCAUAUAUGCGAGAAAUUCUGUUAGAUUGGUUGGUAGAGGUUGCGGAGGAAUACAAGCUUGUCCCAGACACCCUUUAUCUCACCGCAUCAUAUAUUGACAGAUUCCUCUCUUACCGUGCUGUCGGCAAGAACAAGAUACAGCUACUUGGUGUUUCAUGCAUGCUUAUUGCGUCAAAGUAUGAAGAGAUCAGUCCUCCACAUGUUGAAGACUUUUGCUAUAUGACAGAUAAUACAUACACCAUGGAAGAGGUGGUGGACAUGGAGAGACAUGUGCUUAAAUUCUUGAACUUUGAGAUGGGUACGCCUACAACAAAGACUUUUCUCAGAAUAUUCACGAGAGUUGCUGAAGAGAAUGGCAAAUCAUUAAAGUUGCAAUUUGAACUAUUGGGUUGUUAUCUUGCGGAGCUAAGUUUGUUAGAUUAUAGAUGUGUGCCGUUCUUACCAUCAGUGCUUGCUGCAUCGGCUAUUUUUCUUUCAAGAUUCACGAUCGAACCUGAGAUGCAUCCUUGGAGUUUAGCGCUUCAAUGCUAUUCUGGCUAUAGACCAUCUGACUUGAAGGAAUGUGUCCUUGCCAUUCAUGACUUGCAACUAAAUAGAAAGGAAAGCUCUUUGCAGGCAGUAAGAGAGAAAUACAGGAAGCACAAGUAUAUGUGUGUAUCAACAUUGACUUCUCCCUCGGAAAUUCCUGCAUAUUAUUUUGAGGCCAUCAAUGGAUAGGAAUCCAUGACAUUGUGAAUGAAGUCUACUUUGAAGUCUGAAGUAGUCUUGUCAUAGAGUUUCUUCUAACAGAUUACAAUUUACUUCUCUCUUCCAAUACUGGCAUUUUUGCUGAAUUGGAGGGUGUAAUAAAUCACUUGCUGGUUGAGAGCUGCUCGAUUUGAAGUUGGCAUGUGUUGAAGUGCCUGAAAACUUUGUGCUCUGCAUGUGCAUUGCAUCACAUGUAGAGCCAUUAUUGACCAAUAUUUCAGCUUUAAUGAGCAGCUCCUUUGCUAGUUAUGAAGAUGUGAGCUCAUUUCAUGUAAUCCACAAAAUCAAAGUUCCUCUUUUUGUGAUUCAUUUGUAAUUUGUGAAU